UGCACCUUUCACAUGAUUGCGAUUCGACAACGAAGAAGAAGAAAAAGCAUAGAGGUUUUGCAUUUUCUUCUUUGAUCUCGUCAAGCUUCUAGGUCUGGUUUAAGAGGCUCCUUACACGAAAGGAGAUACCUUGCAGAAAGAGUAAGAAAAUUAUGAUUCGUUUGCCUGUUUAGGGAAGAAUAACGAUUGUCCACACCAUACACGGACCCGCUAAUUUAUUUAAACCCCCUAGCUUGAAAUAACAGAAAAACGGAGAACUAGCUCUUAACUGGUUCUCAGUCACCCUGUUCACCGUGGAAUGACCGUUGAACGAGUCGUACACGGAUCGAAUCGUUGAGGCUGGCGAGGAAUAGGAGACGGUACUAGGAAAAUAAAUCUGCUUACGUUGCAGAUGGAGGACAAACCCAGCCUGCUGCUCUCCUUCCACACUGAGCCUAAAGAAGAGUCACUGGAUCCUUAUUGGGACAGUGGAACUCAGUGUUCGUUGGUGGAUUCAGAGAUGAAAUCAGAGAAGCUGGAAGACUGCAGUCAAACACUGGGGACGAAUGAUAUUAAAUAUGAAGAGGAGAAGAAGAUUGGGGAUUUUACUAAUCAAGAUGAGUUUGCUGAAAUUCUUACAUUGCCUACACCUGGAGAGCAACAGCAGGAUGAUUGUGAAGAUAAGUCUCACCUCUGCCCCCAUUGUGGAAAACAUUUCCUUUCUAUAUCACUGCUAAAAAGACAUAUUAAUAUACACUCUGGAGAGAAGCCCAACUCCUGUUCUGACUGUGGGAAGAGUUUCAUUUCAUCAUAUGAACUAACAACUCAUCAAAGAAUGCACACAGGAGAGAAACCAUACUCCUGUUUUGACUGUGGGAAGUGUUUCUCUAAUUCAGGCAACCUUAAUAUUCACCAGCGUAUACACACUGGAGAGAAGCCUUACUCCUGUUCUGACUGUGGGAAGAGUUUUUCUCAAUCAGCCCACCUUAAUAUUCACCAGCGCAUACACACUGGAGAGAAGCCUUACUCCUGUUCUGACUGUGAGAAGAGUUUCAUUUCAUCAUAUAAACUAACUAGACAUCAGAGAACGCACACAGGAGAGAAACCCUACUCCUGUUCUGACUGUGGGAAGAGUUUCUCACAAUUUGGCAACCUAGCAACUCACCAGCGCAUACACACUGGAGAGAAGCCAUACUCCUGUUCUGACUGUGGGAAGGGUUUCAUUUCAUCAAACAGACUAACAGUACAUCAGAGAACGCACACAGGAGAGAAACCGUACUCCUGUUCUGACUGUGGGAAGAGUUUCUCUCAUUUAAGCCACCUUAAAAUACACUGGCGUUUACACACUGGAGAGAAGCCAUACACCUGUUCUGACUGUGAGAAGAGUUUCAUUAGAUCAUCUUGCCUUACUAUUCAUCGAAGAUCACACACAGGAGAGAAGCCAUACUCCUGUUCUGACUGUGGAAAGAGUUUCUCUAAAUUAAGCAGCCUUAAUAUUCACCAGCGCAUACACACGGGAGAGAAACCAUACUCCUGUUCUGACUGUGGAAAGACUUUCUCUCAUUCAAGCCACCUUAAUAUUCACUGGCGUAUACACACUGGAGAGAAGCCAUACUCCUGUUCUGACUGUGGGAAAAUGUUCUCUAAUUCAGGCAACCUUAAAACUCACCAGCGCAUACACACUGGAGUGAAGAAAUACUCCUCCUCUGACUGUGGGAACAGUUUCAUUUCAUCACAAACACUAACUAGACAGGAGAGAAUACAUGCUGGAGAGAAGCCAUAACCAUACCCUGGAGAAAAAACCUUAACCCUGUUCUGAGUGUGAUUUUCAUUACAUCAUCUUGCCUUACUAGUCAUCAAAGAUUGCUCUCAGAACAGAAGCCAUACUCUUGUUCUGACUGUGGGAAGGGUUUCUCUCAAACAUGUAGCCUUGAAACUCAACAGUGCCUGCAUGCUGGAGAGAAGCCUUACUCCUGUUCUGACUAUGGGAAGAGUGUCAAUCAACUCGUUGCCUCAAAAUAUAUCAGGAUCAGUUCUAUAGGAUUACACAACUUUUGAUUUUAGAAAGGAUAUUGUCAAAAAGCCCUAACUUAUUCUUCAUCACAUAAAACUGAAAGAAGAGAGAAAUUUAAAUUCUAGAUUUUUUCCCCCUACCUGUUCAAUGAGCCUUUAUUUUGUAGUUUAUCCUUUCAGAAGUACACUGCUGUUCAAAAGUUUGGGGUAAAUUUGAAAUGUCCUUGUUUUCCAAGAAUACACAUGAAAUUAUAUUGAGUAGGAAAUAUAGUAAAAUUAAUAGGAAAUAUAGUCAGUGACGAAGCUAGAAAUAAUGAUUUUAAUAAUA